AUCAAGUGUGUGGCCACGCCCAUUGAAGAAGCUCGUGUGGAGCAGUGGGGUGCCUCGUACGGAGGCAGGAACGGACUAACGUUGAAGUACCAAGAAUUUAACAAGUCUAACACGGCUAUUUUGUUAAAUUCAGAAAGGCUGCAUGGGACGUCAGAUCUGAAACCGGAACAGUCCAAAUCCGACAGAUAUUUCCUUCGGCGUUUUCUCAGCAGAGGCUUGCAUUUCACCGGGCACGGGUUGAUUAUUUUCGCUCAGGUUUCGACAGCCAGCUAGCGUAUUAGCUAGCUUGGUAGUUUACAUUGCUCACUGGUUAAAAACCAAGGAAGUGACUUUUGUCCAGUUUCAGUUCAAUUUAAUGGCAACUGUCAUUUAGCUACUAAGCUAAGUUAGAACGAACACGUAAGCAAACGGAGAGCUAAACGAUAACGUUAGCUAACGGUAUCUAUCUGUCACUGUUGUCCCACCCCUCAUGUAUCUGACAGGCUGCUGUGAACUUAGCUAGCUAGCUAGUUAGCCAACUAUCUUGGCCCAUAUCCUGUCGGCUCCUUAUCGUAGCUGGUGGCUUAGCGGGCUGCUUAAUUGUACAUUUGUGAGGAACACAACAUAAUCUGCACUUUCUGUCUUUGGCAGCUGCAUUUCGAUUAUUAGCACGUGCGACAACAGUAUUUGGCUCCAGCUGUGCUCGCCGCAUUGGCAAACGAAACGAGUGGGAAAUAGGAAGGGAGACGGAAAGUGGAUCUCACUUGCUAUUAGGCUACAGAGUGGUAGGCAAGGGACUGUGCGCCUGCAAGUCUCUCGAAUGUAAUUUACUGCCUAUAGUUCUGGAAUUAGCUAGCGAACUAGUUAACUGUAGGUAGGUAACUAUUUGCAAGCAAACUGAUCACUCGGUGGCGUUGAAGUGGGGAUAUCGACAGUAUUUUUGACUAGCUUUCUGUUUGAUUGUUUUACUAGUUUAGUUUUACGGGUAACGGUAAACGGAAUUUAGGUUGAGAUUGUCAAGGCUAGUCAUCAUAUCAUCAUAUUAAGAUUUUGUCAUUUGGCUAAUCUUCAUUGUAUCUCACGGUACUCUUGGACGUAGCUAGCUACCUGAUGCGUUUCGCUAACAAGAGCUAGCUAGCUACUCAAUUGAAUGUAACAAAGUUAUGCUAACGCUAGCAUGUGAAGGUUAAGAUUUGACCCAACAAACGCUGUUGUCUUCAUAUCUCCCUGAGUAACGUUAAUCCGCGGCCCGAGUCCCACUGUAGCUUCUGUAUUUUGUCAGUGUCUCGCCUACCACGCUAAAUAGCCUCUGUCAUUUGACAGGUCCCUGCUGUACAAGAAGUUCUUUGCAUGUAGCUGGGUAGUUUGCCAGCUACGUUAUCGAACACAUUCAGCUAGCUUAAUGAUAUUUGGAUUUUGUUAUGCCAGUGUAACUUUCGCUAGCUAACUUCACAGCAGUUACUAAAUUAGCUAGGCAACUUCGACACAUUGAAACCGCUAUCCAACCACCGUAAACAAUUAAUUUAUUCAUACAAUUUGCGCUGACUGGUGGUCAUCCACGCAUUGGCCUUUGUGUGAACUUACAACAUAUUCGAGGAGUUAACGUUGUAUCAGUUAUGCUUGAUCUAUAGUAUCUCGAUUGGCUAGGUAAAGUUCGAGUUGGUUCAGACUGCGAAGUAUUUCCACCGCUCUGUACAACGUCGCUAGCUGAAGUUGCUAGCUAGUGUCUGCAAAUCUAAGCCUAGCUAGGUAUCUCAUUACUGCUGGAUAAUAAACCAACCACAUGGACUAACACAGAAGUAAUAACUGGUUGUCAUAACAUUUUUCUACGAGAAACCACACACACGUCAAGUUAAAAAAUAACAUCACUUUAUAGGUAACACAGUCAAAGUACAGAAAUGAGUAUCGAAAUUCCAGCCGGCCUGACGGAGUUGCUACAGGGCUACACCGUGGAGGUGCUCCGCCAGCGGCCAGCGGACCUGGUGGAAUUUGCCGUGCAGUAUUUUACUCGUUUGCGGGAAACAAAGAGUCAAGAUGGGGCUGGCUCCGGUAUUCCUGCCAAAUCAGGUGGGAAGGGAGUAAUGUUUGAUGGCGAGCCGAUGCAAACAGAGUCCAACGGGGACGACGAGGAGGACGACGACUCUGACUCUGACUUCGAGCCCCCUCCUCCCAGCAGAUAUAACCGAAGAGUGUCGGUGUGUGCGGAAGCCUUUAACCCUGAUGAUGAGGAGGAGGACACAGAGCCACGGGUGGUUCACCCAAAGACAGACGAACAACGCUGCCGCCUACAAGAGGCCUGCAGAGAUAUCCUGCUCUUCAAAACACUUGAGCAGGAGCAGUUCUCAGAAGUGUUGGAUGCCAUGUUUGAACUGCGGGUGCAGCCCGAUGAGCAUGUCAUCGACCAGGGGGAUGAUGGUGACAAUUUCUAUGUCAUAGAAAGGGGCAUCUUCGACAUAGUGGUUCAGAAAGAUGGCGCUGGCUGCUGUGUGGGGCAGUAUGACAACAAGGGCAGUUUUGGGGAGCUGGCACUCAUGUACAACACCCCGCGUGCCGCCACCAUCGUCGCCAAAGAGGAGGGUGCUCUCUGGGGCAUGGACCGGGCAACAUUCCGCAGGCUCAUCUUGAAGGCCAACGCCAAGAAGAGGAGGAUGUAUGAAGUGUUUGUGGAUUCAGUGCCACUGCUGAAGUCUCUUGAGCUGUCUGAGCGCAUGAAGAUUGUGGAUGUUUUAGGCGCCAGGACUUUUCAGGAUGGCGAGAGAAUGAUCAAGCAGGGUGAUAAGGCAGAGUGCUUCUACAUUGUUGAAUCUGGGGAGGUGAAGAUCAUGAUAAAGAGUAAAACGAAGGCAGCCCAGCAUGACAAUGCUGAGGUGGAGGUCACACGCUGCAGCAGGGGCCAGUACUUUGGAGAGCUGGCACUAGUUACCAACAAGCCCCGCGCCGCCUCUGCAUACGCCGUGGGAGAAGUCAAGUGCUUGGUAAUGGAUAUUCAGGCAUUUGAGCGGUUGCUUGGCCCCUGCAAGGAGAUCAUGAAGAGGAACAUUUCUCACUAUGAGGAGCAGCUGGUGGCACUGUUUGGAUCCAGCAUGGAUUUGAGAGACUGAGAUCGUCGUGCCUUACACACACACACACACACACACACACACACACACACCUACACACACACACACACACCUACACACACACACACACACCUACACACACACACACACACCUACACACACCUACACGCACACUCCCUCUCAUUCACCUGAUCUGUUCACCUGUUCUUUAUGCUUAUAUGUCCAUGCACACACACACACACACACACACACACACACACACACACACACACACACACACACACACACA